GCCUGUUGCAAUCCCAUCUGUCGACACUCACCUCUCCAAGUCGGUCCGGUUCGGUUCGCAGGUCGACCUCAGUCCGCCAGUUUCCUUGUAGUUCAUCCCCAUCACUCACUAACCUUCACCAUGAGAGAAAUUGUGCACAUUCAGGCUGGCCAGUGCGGGAACCAGAUUGGUGCAAAGUUCUGGGAGGUGAUCAGUGACGAGCACGGCAUCGACCCAACAGGAACCUAUCAUGGAGACAGCGACCUGCAGCUGGACCGGAUCAGCGUUUAUUACAACGAAGCAACUGGUGGGAAGUAUGUACCUAGAGCCAUCCUCGUUGAUCUGGAACCAGGAACUAUGGACUCGGUCCGAUCAGGACCCUUUGGCCAAAUCUUCAGACCUGACAACUUUGUCUUUGGUCAGAGUGGCGCAGGAAACAACUGGGCCAAAGGACACUACACAGAGGGAGCGGAGCUGGUGGAUUCGGUCCUGGACGUGGUGAGGAAGGAGGCGGAGAACUGCGAGUGCCUCCAGGGCUUCCAGCUCACUCACUCCCUGGGAGGAGGUACCGGCUCUGGCAUGGGGACCCUGCUCAUCAGUAAGAUCAGAGAGGAGUACCCCGACCGGAUCAUGAACACCUUCAGUGUGGUGCCCUCGCCUAAGGUGUCUGAUACGGUUGUGGAGCCGUACAACGCCACCCUGUCUGUCCAUCAACUGGUAGAAAACACAGAUGAGACCUACUGCAUCGACAACGAAGCGCUUUAUGACAUUUGCUUCCGGACUUUGAAGCUGACCACGCCCACCUAUGGAGACCUGAACCAUCUGGUCUCGGCCACCAUGAGCGGCGUCACCACCUGCCUGCGCUUCCCCGGCCAGCUGAACGCCGACCUGAGGAAGCUGGCGGUCAACAUGGUGCCUUUCCCCCGUCUCCACUUCUUCAUGCCUGGAUUCGCACCCCUGACAAGCCGGGGCAGCCAGCAGUACCGCGCCCUGACCGUGCCCGAGCUCACCCAGCAGGUGUUCGACGCCAAGAACAUGAUGGCGGCCUGCGACCCACGCCACGGCCGCUACCUGACGGUGGCCGCCGUCUUCAGAGGCCGCAUGUCCAUGAAGGAGGUGGACGAGCAGAUGCUUAACGUGCAGAACAAGAACAGUAGCUACUUCGUUGAGUGGAUCCCCAACAACGUGAAGACGGCGGUUUGCGACAUCCCGCCACGCGGCCUCAAGAUGGCCGUCACCUUCAUCGGCAACAGCACGGCCAUCCAGGAGCUGUUCAAGCGCAUCUCCGAGCAGUUCACCGCCAUGUUCCGCCGCAAGGCCUUCCUGCACUGGUACACCGGCGAGGGCAUGGACGAGAUGGAGUUCACCGAGGCCGAGAGCAACAUGAACGACCUGGUGUCCGAGUACCAGCAGUACCAGGACGCCACGGCCGAGGAGGAGGGCGAGUUCGAAGAGGAGGUGGAGGAGGAUGCCUGAAGAAAGGACCAAAGGGUGGAGAAAUUAAUGUUAACAACAAAAAAUACAUUAAAAAAAGUAAAAAUGUGAAGGAAUGUGGAGGUCAGAGGUCAGAAAUUGGGAAUGGGCCAAAAUUAAGAGAAACAGAAUGACCAAAUUUAUGUGUCGAGUACAAUUUUCAUAUUUUCUCUCCAGUCUGAUCAUUUCAAAUAUUAUAAACUCUUUUAUAAACUAAAACUUUGUGUUUGAGAAGAUCUGAAGCUCUUCAGUGUCAUGAGUUACGUUUAGGAAAAAGACCAAAGCUUAGAUGACAAAUUCAGAAAGUAAUCUGUUAGUGGAGGGAAGAAACCUGAUUGGUUUAUCAUCAUGGCCUGACAUCAUCUAACAGUAUUAUAGUCAGAAUAAACCUUCUCUGCAGCUCAGUUUUAGCCUUCUGAAAGUUUCUUCUGAUUAUUUUCCUCAGUUAUAAAAUCAGACGGGACGAUAUUUGUUUUUAAAGCAGAAUUUUACCAUAAAUGUAAAAAAUCCCUGCAGGAGAAACGUUUCAUUUUAGUUUUAGUUUUAUGGGAUCCAUUGACUUCAGAGUAAAACUGUUAAAGCGUGUUAAACUUAAAAGGUCUCUUUGUUAGACGUCCUUAUCUGUGGUUCUGAUUGGAUCGGGUCAGAAAGGUCUUCAGCCUUAAAACGAGCCUCAGAGAUAAGAAAUGAAGCUCUUAUCAGGGUUCUUUUAUCAGUAUUCUUUGACAUUUCUAUCAUGUUUGAAGAUCCGUGUUCAGUGGGUUUGGGUUUAGAAGUUCGAUGUGAUCAGAAUUCAGAGACGUUUGUUCCUUAUGGAUCAGAUCAUCACAGUUUGUUCUGAUUUUGUGAAAGUCUGGGUGAGAUAAAGAGUUCUGUUAACAUCUCUGAACAUCUCACACAUCAGUUCCAGUCAGAUAUGAUCAUGUUUCAUGUGAUUUUAUGCUGCGUGGAUGAGAUAACUACCUACAGAUUACUUUGACCAAAUUAUGUUUUAUACUCCAGUUUUCCCUCUGAGCCGUUGCAGUAUUCCAGAUUAAACAUAUUGUUUAUGUUCAGUAUUAAAAAUCCAGCCAUGUUUGUUUCUCUUUGUUGUUUUCUUUCCCAGAAUUCUUUUGGAUCUGUCUGAUUUGGGAUCUUCACUGUGAAAUAUUUGGGAGAAAUAAAAAGGCCAUGUGUUGUUGGUGAAA